AUGCAGAGCUUGUUGACCAACCAUGUCAGCGUCAGCGAGCACCGCCCCCGCUCCGGUCCGAGCCUCCGCUUUAUUAGCUGCCAACAACAGAGCAUCCGAGGCGCAAUGGCGUCGCGUCGGUAGCCAGCCAGCCAGCGAGCCAGCUAGGAGACGACAAGCCCCACCCACCAAGCGAGCAGAGCAGGCCACGCGCGCGAGGGCGGUGGAGAUCGAGGAGGAAGACGACAAUGGCGCGGAUCGACGGCGGCAGCGCGCUGGCGUUCUGCGUGCUCCACGACCUGCUGGGCGCGGCGGCGUUCCUGGCGGCGCACCCGCUGCACGCCGCCUACGCGCUCUUCUUCCACCGGGGCCUGCUCGCGCUCGCCGCCUUCUUCUGCCCGCUGCUGCUCUCCACGGCGCUCCUCCUCGUCGUGCUCCUCACCGCCGCCCCGUACGUCGCGCCGGGGCGGGCCGGGGCGCGGUACCUCGGCAGCACCUGCGGCGUCGCCGUCGCCGCGCUCUGCGCCGGGCUGCGGCCCGACGGCGGGCUCGGGCUGAUCGGCCAGCUCUGCUCCUUCGUGCUCGGCCCGGCGGGCGUCGGCGAGGUCGUGUUCGUGGGCGAGGUGUGUGAUGCUGGUGGUGGUUCUUGCUUUCUUUUGGAAGAGAAGAGCUUGCUGUAUGCUUAUGCUACCCGAGAGCUGGAGGGUGAGCUGCCAUUGCAGAGUGUGUCUCGAGAAGAGAUCUGCUUCCUGAGCAAUGGGGAAUUUUAUGAAGAAGAUAUGCCCAAUUUCAAGGAUGAAAUUCAGGAGAAAAAUGUGGUCUGUGAGGAUCUGAAGAAGGCUCCGGAAACCUUGUCUUCUUCUUCGGAGCAUUGCUGUCCAGGUGAGACAUUCAUGCCGGUGCCAGAGAUGGAAGAGCAGGAGAAAUCCAUCAACAAUGUAAGCUUGCCAGAGAGAAAGGGAUUCAGCAGUGAUGCGGUUAAGGAAAAGAGAUUGGAGUGUGACCCUGUUCCUCUGUCAGCAAUGGAGGCGAACACACCUGAGCGGGUCAGCAAGCCACGCUCUUCGAUUUCUCAGCGAAUAAGGCAAUGGGAAUCUGGCAAUCUGAAGCUUGUUCUUGAUGAAAUCGAGGAUAAUCCGGUGGAAAUCUGUUUCGAGAAGGAAUCAUUCAAGGGUGUGAAGGAAGCCGUGCCAUUGAAGACUGAAUCUUGCGAUCAAAAGCAGAGUGAAGACCAGCUCGCUCAAGAAGAAUCUGACCGGAAGCAAUCGCCAGAGGAGGAACUUGUAGAUGUCAAGGAAGAAUUGGUGCGCUCGAAGGUGGCGGAAAAAUGCAGCGAAGACCUGCGAGCUGAAGAAAUCGCCUCCAUUAUCGGUGAACCCGAAGCAGACCCGCCGCAAGAACAGAGGAGGGAGGACGUGCAGGCCGAAGAAGAUGCGCAGCCUAACGGACAAGACCAUCAAGAAGAUGUGCAGGAAGAGCAGGAGCACGAGGACGCGGACGGCGGGGAGGGUCCCCUGAGGUCGACGUCCAUCGCGCGGCGCGUGCACACGCGGACCUCGUCGGAGAGCCUCGCCGGCGCGGGCGAGGGGUCGCCGUCCAAGGGGAAGGAGUGGAAGCGGACGCUCGCGUGCAAGCUGUACGAGGAGCGGAUCCAGCUCAAGGUCUGCCGCGACCGCGCCGUGGCCGGGGCGUGCGCGGACGACAUGGACAUGCUCUGGGAGGCUUACGAGACCGGGGGCGGCAGCAGCAGCGCCGUCGCCGUCGCCGUCGCCGGCGACACCAAGCCCCGAGGUGGCGGCGGCAGCAAGGCGAACGAACAAUCCGUUGACGAGGAGGAGGAGGAGGAAGACGAGGAGGACGAAGGGCCGGUGCGGCAGCUGUGCUGCCUGCAGGCGCUCAAGUUCUCGACGAGGAAGAUGAACCUCGGGGGCGGCAAGCCGAGCCUGUCCAAGAUCUCCAGGGUGCUCAAGCGGAUGACCGCGCUGUCCAGGGUCGGGUCGCGCCGUAAGUGAUGAUGAUCGGCACUGGCCGUCGCUGCAUGGACGGUUUCCAUGGAUCUAGAGCUAUGGUGACAAGUGUAUCAGUGUGUUCAGUUUGUGUAUACGUAUAUGAUGAUGGAAAUAUAUAUGGGCCUGUUUGGUUUGUGCUCUCA